UUUCCAAUUAUUGUUAUGGCUCGUGAUUUCGGAAAUGGGUGUUUAACGUCGGCAGCGGCGGUGUGGGUGGUGGUGGUGGUGGUGGCGGCGGUGGCACCGAGGGCGGAGGGGGCGGCGGCGUUUGCAUGUGACAGGCGGAAUGUGGGGACAAGAAAUAUGGGGUUCUGUAAGACAUCGUUGGGAAUAGAAGAGAGAGUUAGGGAUUUAAUUGGGAGAUUAACGUUGGGGAAAAAAUAUAGGCUUUAUGUUAACAAUGCAAUUGCGGUGCCGCGGCUGGGGAUUAGAGGAUAUGAGUGGUGGUCCGAAGCGCUUCAUGGAGUUUUCCAAUGUGGGCCCCGGUAUACUAAGUUCGGUGGGCCCUUCCCUGGCGCCACUAGCUUUCCUCAAGUCAUCACAACCGCUGCUUCUUUCAAUCAAUCGCUCUGGCAAGAAAUCGGACGGGUGGUCUCAGACGAGGCAAGAGCUAUGUACAAUGGAGGCACAGCAGGUCUAACCUACUGGAGUCCAAACGUAAACAUUUUUCGAGAUCCACGAUGGGGUCGAGGUCAAGAAACUCCCGGUGAGGAUCCGAUCUUGGCCGGAAAAUACGCCGCCAACUACGUCCGAGGGCUGCAGGGGAAUGCUGGAGGGAAAAGGCUCAAGGUGGCUGCUUGUUGCAAGCAUUACACUGCGUAUGAUCUUGACAAUUGGAAUGGUGUAGACCGUUACCAUUUCAAUGCCAAGGUGAGCAAACAAGAUUUAGAUGACACUUAUAAUGUGCCAUUCAAAGCUUGUGUGGUGGAGGGAAAAGUGGCGAGUGUAAUGUGUUCUUAUAAUCAGGUCAAUGGAAAGCCAACUUGUGCUGACCCCGAUUUGCUUAAGAACACCAUUCGGGGUUCUUGGGGACUAGAUGGGUAUAUUGUAUCUGAUUGUGAUUCAGUUGGAGUUUUGUACGAUAGUCAACAUUUCACUCGCACGCCGGAAGAAGCCGCUGCUUCAACAAUUAAAGCUGGUUUGGACUUGGACUGUGGACCAUUUUUGGCAGUGCACACAGCAACAGCAGUGGGCAAAGGACUCCUAAAUGAAGCUGAUCUCAACAAUGCCUUGGCCAAUUUACUCUCAGUUCAAAUGAGGCUCGGAAUGUUCGACGGCGAGCCUGCGGCCCAACCCUACGGCAACUUGGGCCCAAAAGACGUAUGCACUCCGGCCCACAAACAGCUAGCCCUCGAAGCCGCAAGACAAGGCAUAGUCCUUCUCCAAAACAGAAACGCCGCUCUACCACUCUCCCCCACGCGCCACCGCACAGUGGCAGUAAUCGGCCCGAACUCGGACGCUACCGUCACGAUGAUUGGAAAUUAUGCGGGAGUGGCGUGCGGAUACACUUCGCCGCUUCAAGGGAUAUCGAAGUACGUUAAGACCAUCCAUGAGAAAGGCUGUGCCGACGUCGGGUGUAGUGGGGAUCAGCUGAUUGCGGCGGCGGAAGCAGCGGCGCAUGUGGCAGACGCGGCGGUGGUACUGGUGGGGUUGGACCAAUCGAUUGAAGCGGAGUUUAGAGAUAGAAAUGGUCUGCUUUUGCCUGGGCAUCAACAAGAAUUGGUGAGAAGAGUUGGGUGGGCUUGUAAAGGGCCGACGGUGGUGGUUUUAAUGUCGGGCGGGCCAAUUGAUGUUUCGUUUGCGAAAAAUGAUGCUAAAAUUAGUGGCAUUCUUUGGGUUGGGUAUCCUGGUCAAGCCGGUGGUGCGGCCAUUGCUGAUGUUCUGUUUGGGGCUACUAAUCCUGGAGGAAAAUUGCCAAUGACUUGGUACCCACAAAGCUACUUAGCGAAGGUCCCAAUGACAAACAUGGGCCUAAGACCCGACCCAUCAACCGGCUAUCCCGGUCGAACAUAUCGGUUCUACAAGGGCCCGGUCGUUUUCCCAUUUGGGUUUGGUUUAAGCUACUCAAAAUUCUCCCAUUCCAUAGCUGAAGCCCCAACAAAAGUCUCAGUUCCUCUCUCAAAUCUCUUCCCCAAUUCCUCCGCCGCUUUCACCGCAAUCAAAGUCUCUCACAUUGAUUGCGCCUCCAUCUCUGAUCUCCCCCUUCACAUCGACGUCAAGAACACCGGAACCGUCGAUGGAUCUCACACCAUUCUUGUCUUCGCAACCGCUCCGAACCAGACUUGGUCGCCGGAAAAGCACUUAAUCGGAUUCGAAAAGGUUCAUCUGAUGGCCGGAUCUCAAAAGCGAGUUCGAAUCGGAAUCCAUGUUUGCGAUCAUCUUAGCCGAGUUGAUCAAUUUGGAACUCGAAGAAUUCCGACUGGUGAGCAUAAACUCCAUAUUGGAGAUCUUACUCAUUCGAUUUCACUUCACAUUGAUUUAAAGGAUAUUAACUUCUGAUUGAAUGUGAAACACUGUCCUAAUGUUGAUAGUGUUUUGCCCUAAUUAUGUAAAAUUUUAGAGAAGUAAAGAUGAAUAGAAGAAUUGAAUGUAAAUAAAAAUCAAAUAGGUAUGAGGAAAAGGAUUGAUAGUAAUUAUGAUUAUAAGAUGUUUGGUAUUAAAUUAUGAUAAUGCCUCAAAUGCAGCAAAUAUGCAAAGGGCAAUUUAAGUAGUUUUUGUAAUUGUAAAUUUAUGAUUGAGGGACAAAUUCCGUCUCUGGAUAAUGAAGUAUGGAUGAUGAUUUUUAUGUUAUA